CUGACUGAAAAUGGCUUUCACCGAGUGGGUUCCGCUCGCGCCUCUUACAAAGUGCGCGGGCCUAAUUCUCCCGCUGCGCUUUUGACCAAUCUACUCUUACACUUACCUCCACCUACUAUUUGCUACCAGCGACACUCCGGUGUAGGUGACGACAAAAGAACGCCACAACAUCCAAGUAUUGCAUAAUAUACACGACAGCAAGCCGCUACCUCCACCCAGCCGAAAGAGUCUGCAAUUGUGAUCAUGUCAUUCAUAGAUAACCCUACAGAAGAGGUUGCCGCCUCAGCACGGAUGUCAACCACAGCACGGAAGCAUCGAUCGAAGGCGCCCUACGUCGCUGCGGACGCUCCGGUGCUCCCUAUAAGUACCGCUUCCAACAUGUAUGAGCCGAGCGACCAUAAUGACAACGUGGACACGAACUCCCGGCCCAAGAAAAAGCGUAAGACAAAAUCUAAUGCACUGGAUGUGCACGGAAAAGUUGCUGCGAAGGAAAUCCCUAGCGACGAAGAGGUCAAAACCUUCAUAGAGGGCAUAACAGCCAUCAAAGACUGGACUUCCCGGGUGGUGAACACUAAGUAUAUACAACUAGUGCGAUGGUACGACGUCAAAGGCAUCUCGAUGAAACAGUGCGGCGUCAAACGGGUAGAACAAGGAUACGCAGAAAGAUGCGCAGAUCCGAAGAAGCCGAAGACUGAGGUUACUGAAUCAGGGAUGUGGAAGCAUUACAACAGCCACGGGAGGAAGUUUUACGAGGAAAAGGGUCUCACGUUCGUAUCUCCAUCGGCGCGAAAGGCUUACAAGAAGAAAGUUGGCGUCAUCGACCAGUCCAGAAAGACAACCCCAGACAAGAAGGUUCCACAUAAGACAGUUUCACCCAAGACAUUUCCAGACAAGACGGAGCGCAUGCCAUCGGCUGGUAUAGAAGAGGAGGAGCCCUUGACUAUUACUAGCCAUACCAGCGCGCUUCAGAGCAGUGAACACAUUGCCGCCGUGCCAGUGCGCGGUGUCCAACAGAAUUUCACACCACAGCAGCAAGAGGAGGCCACAAAAGAUUUCCUGGAAGCUGCGAUGCAUAGGCCAGAAGACUACCGUGUGGGACUGCGUUGUCAAGAAGACGAGGAGUUGGUGCGACUUCUCUCGAGAAAAGCGAGGGCAGAGCCGAGACCAACCGAACUCAUUUUUGACUUUGUAAAAAAAGGGAAGACAACUGACAUCACACGUCUUGACAGCCCUGCCGCCGCGCAAUCGAGGGAAGUGACAAGCGAUUCAGAGGCUGAGGCCGCAGAAGUCGAACGCUACAAGAACAAUCGAGCAACCGAAGAUGUUCUGAGCUUUAAGCGGAAGACCGGUGACAUGACGAUACUAUCGCCCGCUUCGUCGCGUGCAUCUCGCCUGUCACCCCGAGCUGCCCUACCCACUCGCAAUGUUGUCGGAUUAGUCAACGCGGGUCACCCGGAUAUUCGGACAACGGUGAUUCAGUGGUCGAUCCAGGAACUUGAAGACCUGUACGUUUUCGCCGACACAAUGGGUGCACUUGCGGUGUGCGACAUGAUCAUCGACAGGAUAUAUGAGGAGCUGCAUCGUCCCCAGCAACGCCUGAUUCGCACCAUCGAUGGUAUGCUGGAGAAAUUCGGAUUCCUCCGCAUGAGCCCAGCGUUCAUGAAUCUUCUAUCGGAGAAUGACGAGCGAGCUUUCGAUUUCUUUGUCGGUGCUUUGGCCAUGAAGGCCGAAGAUACCCUGGAAUUGCUAAACAUAUCCGGGCUCGAUAGUUGGUACCAUAGAUCCAAGCAGGCGUUGAUCUCAAAGCUGGAAAUAGAUUGGGCGUCAGGAGCUAACAAAAGCGAGCCGGCAGCGAUAUGUCCGACAUACCAUCGCCAUUUGAGCCCGGCGACAGGAUGCUACAGGUCUGUAGUGGCCACGGCGCCCUUGGUAUCGAAAUCCAAUGUUGCGCAGCAAUCGGCCCGCACGUCCCGUACGUUCCAGAAGCGUCCCGAGCCCUACCAGCGCAAAGAUAGUAGGGACGAGGAGAUGAAGAAGGAGACCUGGGCUAAGAAACUGACACUCCAGAAGAUCGAUCGUGAGGCCAACAAAGUGCAUGGACGUGGACUGGUGGAGUUUGAAGCCGAGCAGACCAAGGUUCAGAAGGUUCAGCAAGAGCCCUACGACGACGGCGAAGAGUACAAUGAUUCUUCUGACUCCCCACACUCGUCAGACGACGAAGACGGCAAUGUGGUCAUUGUGCAUCUUCCUCGGGUAUACAGCAGAGCUCGCGAUCUCUUCCGAAACAGCCCUGGAUCAUAUGCUGAACCAUCCGAAUACACUCAGAUUGCGUCUGAUUUGACGCAUGCGAGAGUCGCUGCCCGAAGUGGAGGUGGGCUGAACUAUUCUGGCGAGGGGAUGAAUCUUUUCAAAGACACCGCGGAGAUUCAGCGAAAGAAGGUAGCGAUCGUGCAGGGUCAGUUGCAGGUGUUUCGCGAUAGCGGUUACGACCCCGACAAUCUGCAGGACCCAGGCCAACUGCACACCAUGUCUCAGAGGACGAGUGAAGACAGUGGGAUGAUGGAUGCAGAUGAGAGCGACGACGAGGACUAG